AGAUAAAUGCGUGAGAGAAGGACUGUUACGCACGGUGCGUCUCCAUCAUGACGUCGUGAAUUAGCUCCAGAUUGUAAGAAGGGGGGAGAGGGAAAAAAAAGGAGGGGAGUGUGGUGAAUCGGUGUUUCGUCGUUCCCUGGGUUGCAUUUGUAUAUAGUGCAUGUAUAUUUUUUCUAUGGAUUUUUGUCAUUUCUUACCUUUGCCAUGCGCAGAUGCAAUACGCGGAAAAAGCCCGAAUAAGAGCCGUGUCUUGUGUUUUUUUUUUGUACCAUUCGGAGCAGGUUGCACAUUUAGAGCCAUAAUAAGUAUAGCCAUAAUAUCGUUGCAAAAGAUGUAUAUUUCUACCAAAUAAUCUGAGCCUGGGCUUUCCCCCCCUUGACGGGUCCCACCCGGAGGACGCACUGUUAUCUUGACUGAACGCAUCGAAACUAAUAAUCCAGUGAUGGGACGGCUAUUGUUUCUGAUAAUUCUCCACGCUCUUCCGUCUCUCGUUGUGCCCAUACAUAAUUCAUCAGCUGGAGGCUGUGCCAUCAUCCGGCCUCCAAGGGACGGGGGGAUCCGAUACAGAGGCCUGACACAAGAACAGAUCCGCAGUGUGCAGAUCCUGCCGGUGGAUUAUGAGAUCGAGUAUAUCUGCAGAGGAAACCGGGUGAUCGUCGGGCCCAAGGUCAGGAAGUGCUUACCCAAUGGCACAUGGACGGACAUAACGCAGCACAGCAAAUGCCUGCUCCUGUGUCCUCGGGUGUGGACGUCUCUGGAGAACGGUCGGGUGACUGCGAAGCCUCCCGGGCCGCCUGUAGAGGGGACGGUGCUGCACUACAGCUGCCACGCCGGCUUCAUCCUGGAGGGAAGAAACAGCAGCCACUGCACUAAACUGGGGAAGUGGGACUCGCCUAAACCUACCUGCCUCUAUGACAGGAACUACACAGGCAAGAAGAAGCUGUACAUCGGAGCGUUGUUCCCCAUGAGCGGCGGAUGGCCCGGCGGUCAGGCGUGCAUGCCCUCAGCUCAGAUGGCCCUGGACCUGGUCAACAACAGGAGCGACAUCCUGCCCGACUACGAGCUGGAGCUGAUCCACUACGACAGCAUGUGCGAUCCAGGGGAAGCGACCAAGUUGCUGUAUGACCUUCUCUACACUGAGCCGAUAAAGAUCGUCCUGAUGCCGGGCUGCAGCGGCGUCUCCACGCUGGUGGCGGAGGCUGCUCGCAUGUGGAACCUCAUAGUGCUCUCUUACGGCUCCAGCUCCCCAGCUCUGUCCAACCGCCAGCGCUUCCCCACUUUCUUCCGCACGCAUCCAUCCGCCACCCUCCACAACCCCACCAGGGUGCAGCUUUUUCAGAAGUGGAAGUGGACCCGCAUUGCCACCAUCCAGCAGACCACUGAAGUGUUCACCUCAACUCUGGACGAUCUGGAGCAGAGGGUGAAAGAGGCCGGCAUCGAGAUCAGCGUUCGCCAGAGUUUCCUCACCGACCCGGCUGUCGCUGUCAAGAACCUCAAGCGCCAGGAUGCAAGAAUCAUUGUGGGGCUUUUUUAUGAGACUGAAGCCAGGAAGGUGUUUUGUGAGGUGUUUAAGGAGAAGCUCUAUGGGAAGAAGUACGUGUGGUUCCUGAUUGGCUGGUACGCAGACAACUGGUUCAAGAUCAAAGACCCUGCCAUCAACUGCACUGUGGAGAACAUGACGGAGGCCGUGGAGGGACAUGUGACCACUGAAAUCGUCAUGUUGAAUCCCGAGACCGUCCGCGGAGUCUCCAACCUGACAUCACAGGAGUUUCUGGCUGCGUUGAUGUCACGUCUUGGUGGGAAAAACCCUGAAGAAACAGGAGGGUUUCAGGAAGCCCCUCUGGCGUACGACGCCGUGUGGGCUCUUGCCCUCGCCCUCAAUAAGACGGUGGAGCCGCUGAAAGCCAAGGGCCGACGCCUGGAGGACUUCAACUACAACAACCACGACAUCACAUCUGAAAUCUACAGGGCGCUCAACACCAGCUCGUUUGAGGGAGUUUCAGGGCAGGUGGUGUUUGACGCCCAGGGCUCCAGGAUGGCCAUGACUCUUAUCGAACAGCUACAAGGAGGCAGUUAUAAGAAGAUCGGCUACUAUGACAGCUCCCAAAAGAACCUCUCCUGGUUUGGCAAUGAUGUUUGGAUAGGUGCUGGUCCUCCAGCGGAUCGGACCGUAGUGAUUGAAGAGUAUAGAUAUUUGUCUCAGAAGCUGUUUGCAGCCGUGUCUGUCUUCGCUGGCCUCGGCAUCCUCCUCGGCAUCGUCUGUCUAACCUUCAACAUCUACAACAGCAAUGUCCGGUACAUUCAGAACUCUCAGCCGUACCUGAACAACAUGACAGCAGUUGGCUGUAUGAUGGCUCUGGCUGCAGUUUUUCCGCUGGGGAUUGAUGGUCACCACGUCCAUAGAUCGCAGUUCCCUGUCGUCUGCCAGUUCCGACUUUGGCUGCUCGGCCUCGGCUUCAGUCUGGCGUACGGCAGCAUGUUCACCAAGAUCUGGUGGGUCCACACUCUCUUCACAAAGAAGGACGAGAAGAAGGAGAAGAAGAAGCAACACUUGGAGCCGUGGAAACUCUACGCAACAGUUGGAGUGCUGCUGGCUAUCGACUUCCUGUCACUCAUGAUCUGGCAGAUUGUGGAUCCUCUGCACAUUACGGUCGAGAAGUUCACCAAAGAGGCCCCUAAAGAAGAUUUGGAUGUCCUGAUUCAGCCCUUGUUGGAGCACUGCAGCUCAGAGAAGAUGAACACGUGGCUCGGUGUGGUUUACGGCUACAAGGGUCUGCUCCUGCUGCUGGGCAUAUUUCUGGCUUACGAGACCAAGUCUGUCUCCACCGAGAAGAUCAAUGACCACCGCGCCGUGGGGAUGGCUAUUUACAACGUAGCUGUGUUGUGCCUGAUCACGGCUCCGGUGACGAUGAUUCUGUCUUCGCAGCAGGAUGCCUCCUUCGCCUUCGCCUCUCUGGCAAUCGUCUUCUCUGCCUACAUCACUCUGGUGGUGCUUUUUGUUCCCAAGAUGCGGCGUCUGAUCACCCGUGGGGAAUGGCAGUCGGAGCAGCAGGACACCCUGAAAACUGGCUCGUCCACUAACAACAAUGACGAGGAGAAGUCCCGACAGCUGGAGAGAGAGAACCGGGAGCUGCAGAAGAUCAUCCAGGAGAAAGAAGAACGUGUAUCUGCGCUGCGUAACCAGCUGGCUGAGCGUCAGGCUCUACGUAACCGCCGCCGACCCUCGACAGGACAGAAUCAGAACCACAACGCCCCGCUGCCCUCGUCCCAGCAGGAUCCCAAGUCCCUGCUGCCUCCGCCCGGAUACCCCAACCCCACCACGGACAAUCAUUCCCUACCGCCUUCAUUCUCCAACUCGUCCAACCUGUACCCGGCGGACAGCAAGAUGAGCCGCAACCACUGUCACAACAGCCAGAUCCCACUGCUGUACAAAUAGGCAAGUUCCGGGGCAGGUGGGGCAGAGGAGAGAGCGCACAGUGCACACGGGGACACAAAACACAGCGACACACUGUGACUUUCACUUGUUUGGGAGAUGAGCACAGCGGUGUAGUGACACUGUUUUGCAUUUGGGUGUGGAAGCACAAUUUGUCCACGUGAGUGCUUUACACUUCGGCAGCUUCGAGAGGAGUCACGCAGGUAACACCCGUCCUCACAGGUCAAAUCUCACGUGUGACUGGUCAACGUGGUGACAAGCACAUCGCAGACUUACAGCACUCUUUUCAGAGCUCAAAGAACAGACGUUUGAUCAUUCCUCUCCCUUCUUAUCUGUUCUGUUGUGGAGACACCGCGUCAACAAAAAGGAAACGUCUGUGUGUGUCUUUGCUAUUUCGUCUCCACCUUUGUCUCUCCAGUUUGUUGACUAGAAAAGCACAUAAAGUAGUGAUUUAUAUUGUUCUGUAAUAUCUGAUCUGUUUUGUCAUGGAGGUUGUUGUUAAACUUCUUUGUUUACUUUUAGGGAGAGUUGAAAAAUUUUACCAAGGGACGGAGCAAUGUACAGUUUUUUUCCCAGUGUUUCCUCCUCAGAGCGGCUGGUUUCACUGAGAAGCGAUGAUGUGCAUUAUUAAAUAGCCAUAACUAUUCAGAAGGGCCGACAAGAAUCAUAUGAUGUACAGUAUAUAAAGAUGGACACGGUAGCUCCCUGAAAGUGAAGUCAAAAUGUGUUGACCGCCUCCUGGUGGUUGGCUGCAUUAUAGGUCAGAAAUGACACCUAUUUGAAGUGACCAGACUGGAUCAGUCCGAGAGAAUCUGUUGUAAUUGAUUGUUCAAGAUCAGUUAUUUUUCCAGUUAUUAUUAAAUAUUGUCUUAAGAGCAAAUACAUUUUCUACAUAAUGCUGCUUGAUAUGGGCAAAAAAUUUAAUCUACAAUUUGAACUGAUUUCUUUUCUCACUACAUCAACUGCAAAACAAAAUGACAGCACUUAUGGUGGUGUAAAUUUUCACUAUUUCGCAAUAAAGUUUAUAAAAUCAUAAUUUUAAAUACAUUAAAGCACCCCUGAUAUUUAAUGACAUGACAGGCAUAUUCACAAUGAAUAUAGUACUACAACUGAACAGCUUUCGAUUUAAUUUUUGUUGCGCAAGAAGGAAAGUAAGAGUAGUAAAAGGAAUCAGUAAGAGGAAAUACUAAGAGGAAGCAAUAAUCUUAAGGUAUUUUUCACAGUUUUCAGAAAGCAUGAUCUCUCUUUCUACCAUUUUUUAGCUGGUUAUUUCCUUUUUUUACUUAAAUAAUAAAAUGUAUCAACAUAAAAAUGUAAGGUGCUAAAAAUGAAAGUGCAUUCGUUGGUAAACUAUUCAUCACAAUUAUCGAUUGUAAUCUGAAAGGUAUUAUUAUUUAUGUGUGAAAGGUUAGUUAGACUGACUUGGUUAAGUUGCUUGUUUACUUUUAUGCUUACUUUUGCUUGACAAAACUCUGGAUUGCCCUGAUUUAAAACACAUGGUUACAAAAGGUUUUUGUGUCACCUAAAAGGAAUGAUAUGUAAAAAAAAAAUCUGAAAACACUUUCAGAAUUCAGAAUGGCACCAUCAUAUGCAUCCCUCCGGCUGAUCCAGUCUAGUUCACACUAUUACACAGACAGUUAUGGUGAUUCCUGUCUUAUUAGGUAGAUUUCACCUGGCUGAUGUGUGUUCAGGUUAUUAUUUCUGUCUGGUUGUUUUAAAAAGUUAUCUGAUGUAUGUAUAUUUGACUUGGUGUGAUUAAAAAGCGAUGAGAAUUGCAAUAACUGACACACUGGCUUCACUUUUGGGGAAAACGUAAUGUUGCCAUGGUCAUUUUUAUGUAUGGUCUGUUGUGUUCAGAUACAACUCUGCAUCUAAAAAUCCAGUUUAUUUAAGGAAAUAGUUCAACAUUUUGGGAAUUGAGAUGAAAAAUGACUGUUCAGGAAAGUCCACAGUGUCAAACAGUGAACAGUCAGGGAGAAUGAGAGUCUCUUCACCAAAAACCCUUUAUUAAACACACAGUAUUUAGCAAAUCUACAUAAUGUAUCUAAAAACAACUAGGCCUAUGUUUCUGUGUUUCUAUGUUUUUUUCAUUUGAUGGCCUGUUAAUGGUGUCAUGUCCUCUUUACUUAAAUUACUUUAUGGUCUAUUCAACUAGAAUGUAAUGAUAAUACCAUAAAUACAUGUUUUUAAACAGGACAUGUAUUAAACUGUAGGUUUUUUUAUUGAGUUACCUCUCAGAGAAAUGUUCUGAAUGACUCAAAUCCAGUCUUGUAGUGCAGUGUAGUCUCCAGGUUUGAUGACAUAGUGCACGUCUCUAUGGCUCUUAUUGUGAAAGGUAAGAAAGGAAGUGGUGGAUCUGCAUUGGUGCCAUAGCAUCUUGCGCUAUUAUUUUGAUCAAGAGAUUCCUAAAUACAGAAAAUUCGUAAUGUGUGUUCAAGUUAUAGAUCAGCCAACCUGUUCUGACUCUAAAGAAAGAAGUUAUGUCACACAAGUUCAGCUGCUGGAAACUGCACAGAAGUCAUUAAUUCAUCACGUCACUGCACAAAAUACAUCAGCAAAUUGAUGGUAUAAAUGUGGCACAACAAUACAAUAAAGAAGGUGAUAGAAACAACCUUAAAAGAGAGAUUUUACAGUUGUUUUACUCAAUUUCUUUCCAUCUUCUAAGCAAAUAAUGUUCCCAAAAUGUUGAAACUGCUCCUUUAUGAACAUCAGGCCCGUGUUAAAGGAAAAAGCUUUCGAAGCUUGAUGAUUAAGGACAGUUUUGAUAGUUCUGCCAUUUACAGUAAUGUUUAAACAAUGUAUUUUUGGAGAUACUGUCUCGCUAGCUGAAAAAUAGUAGCCAUAAAAUAAAGCCCUUGUCCUGCAUCUACUGUAACUCGCGGACAUAUUCACAUAUUUAAAGCUGAAAAGGGAAAUCCAAAACUGUAAACCUCCUGCUUGCCAGAAGAAAACUUUCUGCAGGCAGAAAACCACUUUAUAUUUUCUACAGCAUGCAGUGAAAAGUGGCCGUUUCUGUAGAUAUUCAGAGAAAGCACAGUUUAAUCCUCAAGGUUUUAUAAAUAUCAAUCUGUUUUAUGUUAUUCUUGUGAGCCUUUUCUUUUGAAGGAAUGUGUUUUUAUUUUUAUUUUUUCCUUAACAGACAAUCUGGAUGGAUGCUCAUCGUUACAGUUAGAGGUUCAGUUUUUGUAUUUUAAUUUUUUUUUUUCCCAUGUUGCCUUUGGGUAACUGCAGUUUUAACUGUUUCAGAGGGGAUAUAAAGUCAUGCGACAUACUGUAUUUAUUCAACAGUUAAUCUGGAUGUACUAUUUCAUUCAUGAGCUAUUUCCAGAUUUUAUAAAGCAAUGAUAUCAAACAGCUAAUAUUUUUAAAUAUUCCAUGUGCACUUUAAACUCUGCAGACUUUAUGUUGCUGUUGUACUGACACGUUAGCUCAGGGUUUGGAGAAUGACGGUCACAAGACAUAAAUGAAUGAAAUAGGCCAUAUUUAUUAACUGUACAGUACAUGGAUCUGAUAGUGUAACAUAUGAAUGCAGAAAUUAUUUAGGGAGUGUUCUAUAAUCUUGCACAUAUAUGACAAUAUACAUGGAUUUGGGGAUAUUUGUAUUCACUAUAUCUAAGAUCUUAAAUGUUAAUAUAUUUCAGAGUAUGUGUAUGCAAAUAUAUGGGUAACAUAAAUAAAAUAAUUGUUUUUUCA